AUGGAUGAGCUGAAGCCUUUGCUAGUCUUUGCUAUUGAUCGAUGUUGGCACAUUCUUCAUUCAGCUGCUUUGCACUUUCACGCUGUUUUGGACUUGAGCCAAGUGCGAAGGCGGUCAAAUUGGCCGUGCAACGGCCGAUGUUCAGCUACGCGAAAAGGGUCACAUGUUCGGAAUGAAAUGAAGUCAGCGCGAUCACGUCCCGUCAGCAGUCAGACUGUUUCAACUCGUCGCGAUAAAGUAACCACCACCAUUCGACCACAUCUGCCAUGGAUGUCUGGGUCUUACUGUUUGCCGAUCGUCGGCCUACGCAACGAUCUGAAUGGUUCGGCAUUGCAGUAUAUUCGGCUGACGAGCAUGUUCGACGCAUUCAGUCCAUAUAUCUAUAAGAACAAGACGGGGGUGAUCGAGAUAAGUAGAGCAAUGAAGCUUCACAAAGAGGACAACUCGUUCACAGAACGUCAGCUUGAAUUGAUUGUACGUUUCAAAGUAGAGUUGGAAGUUCAUCUUUCCAACUAUUUUGGAACAAGAGUCAUGUUAGCGAUUUAUGGUUCCACACUCAACGGAUUUGGAAGUUGCUCUUGUGAUGUUGACAUGAGUCUCUCGUUCCCUGCUGGCCCACCAAAACGCAAAAUCAGGGUUGGAGGCGGAAUUAUUCGAAUGCCCGCGAUGAACAGUACAUCUGCGCGAAAGUACCAAUUGUCCGUUUCCGUGGUAAGGAUAUGGAUAUCGAAGCAGACAUAA